UCACACUAUAAACAGGGCACUGUCAGUCUUAUUACACUUUCUCUCGAGCGCCAGAGAUAAACUAAGACUGAAGGCGAAAACACUGCUGAGAAAAUGAGUUGAGGCUCUCUGAAAAAGAAAGUGGCAAACGCAGGUUGUCCCUCAGCCAUUCUCAAGGAGGAAACCAAAAUAGACGGCGCGCCGUUUGGGAUGGUGCUGUUUUCUCCCGGCAAAGAAAAGCGGGACGACCUUUGGAUAUGACAUUCCCACAAAAAAUAAUCUACACGGGGUAGUUGGACUUAUUUUGCUCACCAAAUUGCGAACUGGCCGAGUAUGGGUGAGACAAAGGGCUCUACCCAUCGACAUCUAUUCUGGGGCACCGCAUAGCUCGCGAGAGUGUUGGAAACGACCCGCGCGCCGGACAAGCUCUUGUUUCACAUAUCCAGGGACAAAUAUGGUGCGUCUUUUAAUUUAUUUCCCCACGGGUUGUACGUCUAGAGAACUGCCGGACAGUUGUAGGUGACACAAAAAAAUUUAUUUAUUUGUAUGACUGUAGGAUGAAUAAUCGGCGCGCGCCUGUCUCGCACGAGCGCAGGUGGAUCCGAUGAAGAGGCGCUGUAGGAACCGACAAUAAAACACCCAAAACUGGGCGAUAUUUUAAGCGCAAGAUUUCCUAAGUUUGUCUGAUUUUUUUUCCUCUCGCGUCCCAUUUCCAAAUGCACAUACGCGUGUGUGGAAUACAGCGUCUCUUUUGAGGAGCGCUGCUUUUAAAUGGAAGGAUUUUUCACCGGACUAGUACAGUUAAUCAAUUUACACAUCACUUUCUCUUGAAGCCCCAUUGUCGCGUGGAUAUUCAUCGCCUUAUCGAUCCCCGUCGAGUGGAAGAAUGCCCGAGGAUCUCUCCGCGGCCAAAGCCCUUUACAUGGGCAUGGAGGUGGUGAUCGCCGUGUCAUCCGUGAUUGGAAACGUCAUGGUGGUUUGGGCGGUAAAAAUUAAUAAAUCCCUGAGAGAUACUACGUUUUGCUUCAUUGUCUCACUGGCGCUCGCGGACAUUGCAGUGGGAGCCCUGGUCAUACCGCUGGCGAUAACUAUAAGCAUCGGACUCCAGACUCACUUCUACAGCUGUCUGCUGGUCGCGUGCACGGUGCUGGUUCUGACCCAAAGUUCCAUCCUCGCCCUUCUCGCUAUAGCUAUCGACCGGUACCUGAGGGUCAAGAUCCCAACAAGUUAUAAGCGAGUGGUCACUCCCAAACGAGCUGGAAUUGCAGUGUUCAUGUGUUGGAUGGUGGCCUUCAUAGUCGGCUUGACUCCGAUGCUGGGCUGGAACAAUUUACACAACCUGCAACGCAACGGCUCGAUAGGCCCUGACCUCAUCGUCACCUGCCAGUUUGAGAACGUCAUCAGCAUGGAGUACAUGGUCUACUUUAACUUCUUCGGCUGGGUGCUUCCUCCUCUACUUUUCAUGCUCGUCAUUUACUCGGAAAUCUUUUAUAUGAUCCACAAGCAGCUGAACAAGAAGGUGUCCAGUCACUCGGAACCCAACAAGUAUUACGACAAAGAACUAAAGCUGGCCAAGUCCCUAGCGCUAGUUCUUUUCCUGUUCGCAAUUAGCUGGCUUCCCCUCCACAUUAUGAACUGCAUCACGCUCUUCUUUCCGACAUGCGAGAAGCCAAUGUUUCUCAUUUACAUUGCCAUUCUGCUCACGCAUGGCAACUCCGCAGUCAACCCUAUCGUUUAUGCUUUUCGCAUCAAGAAGUUUCGCACUGCCUUUUACAGAAUCUGGAAGCAGUACUUCUGCUGCAAGGAAGCUCCGCCUCCUGAUAGCCAGCCGAGCGAGAGACUGGAUAACAACCACUACUUCGCUGCAGUCGCUGUUUCGCCUCCUGAACCUGCUUUGGAACACAACGUUUGACUGGCAUCCCCAGAAUUCCCAAAGGAGUGUGAAUGGCUCCUGCUGGCUGGACGGCCCAAAGCUAUCAAGUCUUGGUUUGUCUCUUUUGAAUGUAAAUCGGAGCUCACCACAGACUGUUCUGGAUGUCCCUUCAUUGGAAUAAUGAGACAGCUUUGCUUCAAAAAGCACCAAGUGAGUUAAGUCUUUUUGAAGAGGAAGUUCAGAAGGGGAACCACAAGAAAUCGUGCUUUAAAAUGAAUUGUGAAGCUGCCUUGAAGGAUGUUUAAAAUAAAAUGAGGUUGGCUGGCAUACAAUUGAACUCAAUAUUUGCUCACAUAAGCCAUGUACACACUGCAGCAAAUUCAACUUUUAGUGUUUAAUCACUUUCUGUACACACACCCACAGUUCUGUAAUUUAUUGGAGUAACAGCAGUGUUCAGAAACCAAAUUAAUUUCAGAAAAAUUCUGGUAGUGAUGAUCACAUUUACAAAAAAAUGCUCUGUGUAUUGAACUGGAAUGAAAAGCCUGUCAUUAAUGACGUAUUAAAAUGCACAUUAGAGUUGUGUCUAUCUUCUGUAUGCACUGCGCAAGAAAUCACAGGACAUGACAUAUGAUAGGUCUUGACCAGAAAUAGCAAAUAAAAAUGAGGUCAUAAUUAUCUUAACACUAAACACUAGUGGUGUAACAGAUCACAAAUCUCAUCGUUCAGAUCACACAAUGGUAAGUCUCGGAUCGGACCAUUUUUCGAAUCAGCCAAAAAGGGGAGGAGACAAAUGUCAUUUGUUCUCCAUUUAAUACAAAAACAGUCCUGCAAGAAACUUUUGAUUUUAAAAACAGAACUUAG